AUGGGAGUUGAGGAGAAAAAGGCGGCGGGCCGACUUGCUCCCUCUGCGCGUCGCGCUUGUCGCGUCCGUGCGCAACGCUCACCAGGCCCUGUUCCAACUAUGAGCGCACGUGCAGUAGCCAGGAGAGCUGGUUCUGAAUUCAUCAAGGCUCGCCGGGCACAGGCUGCUCGUCGGCUACCUCGGGAUGAGCAGGGUCUUCCUAUUCCACGUUGCGACAUAGUUUUGCGCGAUACGCACGAGUCUCGGCUAGGCGAGCACUACCACCACACCCUGCAGGAUGACUUGAUGUACAUGACCUACGUCCACGAGUCCGGGCCGCGCCCAACACCCCGCCAAAUUCGCCUGACGCAUGACCCCGAAGACCCAUACACAAAGCACCGUACAAACCCACCAGCCGGAGGUUCCCGGCUGGGGCGCAAACCCGCGGCUCCGACAACCGACGAGAAUGUUGUACAGCUGGAGCGUAUCCAGAUUCACACGAUGGUGAAGGACGCGAUGCUCUCGAAGGCGAAUCUACUCGGCCCAAUGAUGGUUCUGCGUGCGCUGUCGGGUGAAACUCAGAAGGGUGGUGGGACUUAUGGUGCGGAGGGUGUACAAAUCGUGAAGGGCAUUAAGAAUGUUUCGGGUUGGGUCAGAACGGGCCAGCCUAUCGGUGUCAAAGUCGACAUGAAGGGCCCGAAGAUGUACGAGUUCCUGGCGACGUUGACGGAGUUCGUGCUCCCCCGACUGCGCGAAUUCCCGGGACUCCUGUUGCCACCGCAGAAGGCAUCUUUGGAGACGCCGGCUGGCGUUUCGGGGACCGUAUCCAUGGGUCUCACGCCACAGGCUAUGGCAUUCUUCCCGCAAAUUGAGGUCAACCUGGACGCAUACCCGAAGUCGUAUGGUAUGCACAUACACUUCAUCACCAACGCCCGCGGCCAGGAUCCCGUUCUCCCGGAGGUAGUCGACCCGAUGAAAGUGGAUAGACCUUCACUCGUACAUUACACUUGCUAA